AUGAAGGAAAGGCAGCUGGAAGCAGAACCAAACGAGGAGCAGAGCGCAGAUAUUAUGGAUCAAAUGAUUGCUUAUAUUUACACUGGAAAGAUGUAUGAAGGUGCUGAAGGUGUAACAUUUGAUGGACCAAGAAAAGGAAUGUAUAUUAAACGAGGUAUCACUUUGGAUAUAUUAAAGAGAAGGAUUCACAACAAAUUUGGUCUUAACUCAAAUCAAGUGAUAUUAUCUGUAAGUUACAGAUUUUUAGUUUCACAAGGUGAUAACAACAUAUAUUCUUCAUUGGAAUUGAGUGACGAUGAUGAUGUACAAUGCAUGAUAGAAGCAUUUCAGAGCCAGAAUGUGAUGCCAAUAAUGGAAUUAUAUGCUGAAAUAGGUAUGCAAGAAUCUUCUACUUUUUCAUUAGAAAAUUUGUCAAUUGAACGAUCACCUUUGAUCACAAGAGACGAAGAUGAAGAUGACGAAGAAGAUGAAGACUAUCAUGUUUCAUCAUCAUAUGAAAGCAUUGAUGAAUCCAAUGAAGAUGAAAUUGAUAAUUGUGAACCAUCUGAUGAUGAGGUGCAGCCGGAUGUUCUUGUUAAUAGUCCAAUGGUUGAACCAAUUUCAAUGUAUCCAUCUACUGAAGGUGGAAGUCAAUUUUGGGGUAAUUUACCCCACUACACUAACAUCAAUUGGAAUCAUCCCGAUGAAGAAGAUAUCCCAGGGAUGGAUCUGCGUAAUACUUGGUCAAUUGGCCAAGAUUUAUAUGUGGGGUUGGAGUUUGAGAAUAAAGAUGCGGUUAAAAAUGCAGUAAAGCAAAAUGCAAUGAGAAUGCAUCAAAGUUUUUAUGUGGUUGAGUCGAAAAAGACCAAGUGGGUUGUUAGAUGUCCAAAUGCACAUGAUGGAUGUGGAUGGUACAUGAGAGCCAUUGAGUCAAAGAAAUCUGAUAAGUGGAAAGUGACUCAGUGGGGUGGACGUCAUACGUGUUUGAACAUGUCUUUAUCCCAAGAUCAUGCUAAGUUAGAUUCUGAGUUAAUUGAAUCAUUUAUACAAGGAAUGGUUAACCAAGAUCCAUCAAUCAAGAUUAGCCUUAUCCAAGAGAGAAUAACAUCUCAAACUGGGUUCAAAAUAUCUUAUAAAAAGGCUUGGAUGGCGAAACAAAAAGCAAUUGUUAACAUUUUUGGAGAUUGGGAAGAAUCGUAUGCUUAUUUACCUCGAUGGCUCCAAUACAUGAAAGAAAUUGCUCCAGGGUCAUUUUAUGAUCUGUGUCAUGAUGAGUUUUUUGUUGGUAAUCGUUGUGAUCGUGGUUACCGUCAAUUUCACAGAUUAUUCUGGACAUUCAAGCCGUGUUGUGAUGCCUUUAAUUUUUGUAAACCCUUGAUACAAAUUGAUGGCACUCAUCUAUAUGGCAAGUAUCGAGGUAUAUUGCUCAUUGCUACAGCACAAGAUGGUAAUAACAACAUUCUUCCUCUUGCAUUUGUUGUGGUUGAAGGAGAAACAUUACUUGCGUGGUCGUGGUUCUUGUCUCAUUUGCGGUUACAUGUUACAAAUAAAGAAGGGACAUGUUUAAUAUCUGAUCGACAUCGUAGCAUUAAAUCGGCCAUUGACAAUGAGGCAAUUGGUUGGAGAACGCCAAAUGCAUAUCACAAGUACUACAUUAGGCACAUUGCAAGUAAUUUUAAUACUCGAUUCAAGGAUGUGAAACUUAAACAAAAGCUUGUGAAGUUAGUGCUUCACCGUCAACUGGAAGACCAACAAGCAUACCAACAUCUUGGAGAGUAA